GUUUGGUUUGUUUUUAGUGUUCCUUUUUAAAUAUUUUUAGUUAGGUUAAUAUUUAACUCAUUGAAAAUAGUUCAUAAUCACAGCUAUUAUAUUGUAUAAACUUAAGUACUCCUUUACUAAGCAAUAGUAGAUCUGUGAUCAUUAUUAUGAUAAAUUGUGUUAUCAAAUACAGUUACAAACCUUGUACGAAUAUAAGAUUUUGCACUCUGCAUAUGUACGUAUUCAAUCAACAAAUAAAACGAUAUGUUCUUAUGGAAUGGCGGAAUUGCAUAUAAUUGGGCAAAUUUCGUCUGCAAAAGAUUUUAAACAACCACGUCUUCUGUGCAAGUGGAGUUUUCAUGCUGGGAAUGGUUGGAAAGUUUUAAACGGUUAUGAAGAAGGACAAACACAAGAAAGUUGUGAUUUAUAUACUAAUGAACCAAUUUGGGAUCAUCCUAUAGAUUUACAUUAUACAACACAAACACUGCAAAGUUCACCAAAACUUUUAUUGCAAAUAUUUUGUAGAGACUCCCAUGAAAGAAUAUUAUUUACAUCUUAUGGCGUUUGUAAUAUUCCAUUAUCUCCUGGAUUUCAUUCUAUAGAGUGUCACACAUGGAAACCUAUUGGUAAUUGGAAAGAUAGGCUCAGGGAUAGAUUUUUGGGAAUAACUUUACAGUUAAAGUCACCAAGUGUUUUAGUUAACUCUUUAGAUAGGUUUGAGUUACUUACACAAAGCAUGGGUACAGUGAAGAUCGAAUUGCACAUACUUGCUCAAAAUUUUGAAAAAUAUGGAUGUCAUUUGUGAAUAUAUAUUAUGAUAAUUUGCUUUA